UAAAUCGUCGCCGACGAUCGUACAAAACCACGAAAUAUAUGUUUUAUAGAUAUUACUAGCUUGGUGAGAGUUAAAGUUGAAUAUUUAUGAUGUAUUUUGUUUAUCAUAAGGUUAUCUGAAUUAGACUGCAAGCACCAUGUCAAAGAUUGUCACGUCGGGUAAUGAAAAGAAGACUGUGACUUUACUAGACGUUCAAGAUGCAGCCAUUAGGAUUGGUCCAUUCAUCAACCAUACGCCUGUAAUGACAUGCUCUACCCUCRACAAAAUGGCCGRAARAUCRCUYUUCUUUAAGUGUGAAAAUUUUCAAAAAACUGGAGCUUUUAAGUUCCGUGGAGCCAUGAAUGCUGUAAUAAGACUCACUGAAGGCAAAYCUCAAGAUAAUCUUCCAGAAGUAGUCACUUACAGUAGUGGAAACCAUGGACAGGGCGUUGCUCUUGCUGCCAUGAUUAAGGGCCUAAAGGCUCAUGUUGUAAUACCACAUUAUGCACCUGAUAUAAAGAAAUCUGUAAUUAGGGAUUAUGGAGCAAGGGUCAUAGAUACUUAUGGAAUUUCACAUGAGAACCUUGAUGAGGAAGCCAGAAAAGUCUUAAAGCAAACUGGACCUAACUCACACUUAAUURAUACAUGUGAAGAUGGGGAUGUCAUAGCCGGCCAGGGUACCAUGGCCCUUGAAUUGCUUGAGCAGGUGCCGGACAUCGAUGCCAUUAUUGCACCUGUGGGGAGUGGGGGAAUGGUGAGUGGUAUUACCGUAGCAGCUAAAGGAAUCAAGCCUGGAAUAAAGAUAUUUGCCGCAGAACCUUUGCAAGCCGAUGAUUGUGCAAGAUCGUUUGCAGCUGGCGAAAGAAUACUUCUUUCUGGACCUGCUAACACUAUAGCUGAUGGUUUAAGAGGGAGUUUAGGUUUCACAACAUGGCCCAUCAUUCGGGACAACAUCGACGACGUCAUUACAGUUACCGAAAGUGAAAUUAUUUCAGCGAUGAGGCUGGUCUGGGAACGAAUGAAGCUCGUUAUUGAGCCCUCGGGUGCUGUUGGUUUGGCAGCGGUUUUAAGUGAAAAAUUUCGUGACGGGAAAACUAAGGACCUGACUAAAGUUGGAAUCAUUUUAUGUGGAGGCAAUGUUGACCUUGAUGCUGAUUUGCCAUGGAAUGAAAAUAAAUGAUUACACAAAAACU